UUUAACCUCCUGAACAAACAUGACAAUUGACUUCUGUAGCUAGAAGUACUUUUAUAAAGAAGAAAGAGAUGCUUUGUUUUUUCCUUUAUUUUUUCUUUUUCUGGUCUUUGCUGACUGUAUUUGCCCACAGAAGCCCCUUGUCCAUGGCAUGGGCAGAGUGCCCAGCACAUGCAUCCCCAUCAGCCCUUGGCUGAAGUUCUGAACCCUAAAUGCUUCCUCGUGCCUCCUCCACCUCUUGGACAUGGUGAUCACAGCUCCAUGUGACAGUCAGCAAAACUCUUUUGUCAGGGUGAAAAUUGAAAUAAGGUGAUGGAAAAAGGAAUAGAAGUUCCAGGCCAGGAGACCCCUGAGCUUAAAUUUCCCUGUGGCCCAACAAACCCCAUGUGAUGAGUUGCUCUUUGUUGGAACCUGCACUUGUGUAAGUGGAACCCCUGCUUUGUGAGAGCUGGUUAUUGCAAAGCAGGAAACAGGAUACAGAAAAAGACAUUUUUUAACUGGUGCAUGGUGAUGCCAUAUCCCUAGCCCAGGGCUGGGGAAGAGCCAAGCUUAGUGGCUGUGGCAUCUAGGGAAUGCAGUGACCUGUCCAGGGGCAGGGAAAUAUUUACUCGCCAUAAAUAUUUAAUAAAGAAAUAAUUACUCACCAUAAAUGCAUCCAGGAGGGGACACAUGGUUGGAACAGUCAGGAGGAAUAUGGGCUGGGUAGGCAAAGAACUCAAAGAGGUGUGGGUGGAUGGGUGGGUGCCCCCUGCUCUUGGGUUUUUCUGUGUGCUUCCUCUGCAGUCAGGUUCCCAGCACUGGAUGGCAGCUCUUCGGGCUCCAAAAUCCCAGCGCCUGAGAAAGCUGAACACGGGAGACUUUCACCCACCGGGGAGAGGGGAUCAGAGCCAUCGCACCAGUGACCCCCUCGUUUGAUGGGGGGCCGUGCUCUCGUCGCCUGGCUCGCAGUGCCCCUCCUGCUCAGCGCCCACCUCUGCCCGGAGGCUGCCCCAGCCGCCCCCGGCAGGUAUGAACCAGACGCAGGUGACCGAGUUUGUGCUCCUGAGCUUUUCGCGCGGCCGGCCCUUCCUCUUUGCUCUUUUCCUGGCCGUUUACCUGGCCACGCUGCUGGGCAACUCCGCAAUCCUGUGCGUCGUGUGCCUGGAUCCCCAGCUGCACAGCCCCAUGUACCUGUUCCUGGGCCACCUGUCCUGCCUGGACCUGUGCUACUCGUCGGUGACGGUGCCGCAGGUGCUGGCGGGCGCGCGGGCCGCACAGGCCUCCAUCUCGCUGCGGGGCUGCCUGGCGCAGGCCCUGGCGCUCAUGUGGCUGGCGGGGGCCGAGUGCGCGCUGCUGGCCCUCAUGGCCUGCGACCGCGUGGCCGCCGUGUGCCAGCCGCUGCGCUACGGCCGGCUCCUGCCGCCCCGCCGCUGCCUGGCGGCCGCCGCCGGCUGCUGGCUCUGGGGGCUGCUGGACUCGGCCCUGCACACGGCGCUGGCCGCCCGCCUCUCCUUCUGCGCGCCCGCCCGGCUCCAGCACAUCUUCUGCGACGUGCCGCCGCUGCUGGCGGCCGCCUGCAGCGACACCCGCCCCAACCGGCUGGCCCUGCACGUCUGCAGCGUCUUCGUGGGGCUCGCGCCCUUCCUGCUCGUCCUCGUCUCCUACCUUUGCAUCCUGGUCACCAUCCUCAGGAUGCCGCUGGCCACCAGCCGGCGCAAGGCCUUCUCCACCUGCUCGGCGCACCUGCUCGUGGUCACCCUGUUCUUCGUGGCGGCCAACCUCAACUACAACCGGCCCAGCUCGGGCUACUCGCCAGCGGCCGACACGCUGGUGUCCGCGCUCUUCUGCAUCGCCACCCCCAUGCUCAACCCCCUCAUCUACAGCCUGCGGAACCGCCAGGUGUGGGGGGCCCUGCGCAGGGCACUGCGGGCCGGGGGCGCGCCGGGCCCGGCCGGGCUCGCCUGAGCGCUGCCGGAGCUGCCAGCACGGCGCUGGCGCUGCCGGGCCCGGCCGGGCUCGCCUGAGCCCUGCCGGAGCUGCCAGCACGGCGCUGGCGCUGCCGGGCCCGGCGGCAGCGCACCGUGACAGAACCGGGGCUACCCCCGAGCGCACGGCACCUGCCGCCGCUCGUCUCGCCCUCCGCACUUCACUGCUAGCAGAACGGCGAAAUAAAGUCAGGAGCAA